CCCAAUAAUUCAAGUAUCGAAGGAUCUCCUUCUCUCCCUGAUCUCUCUAUCAAGCUCCUGAAGCGCCUUUUUCUCAGGGAAAAGUCUGACAUUUCUAUAAAGUUUGAGAUAUGCCUUCGCCUGUGGCGGCAUUCACAGUCGGGGACGGCAGUAGCCUGACAGUUGAGAGAUCCAUCCCUAUCGCGGUGCAACCGGAACACAAAACGCCUGGAGGUUCCAUCUUCUUAACUAGCAUUGAUCAUGUGGAUCACAUACUCGUGUCGACCGUUUAUUGUUUCGAGAGAAGCACCGAGAAUGCAGUAGAUGUGGUUAAACAAGCUCUGUCCAAAGUUUUGGUUCAUUAUUAUCCACUCGUGGGGAGAUUAGGAAAGAGCUCCGAAGGGAAGUUGAUUGUUGAUUGCGAAAAGAAACUAGGAGUGCCAUUUGUGGAGGCAGUGGCCAACUGUGACCUGGACAGUCUCGGCGAUAUGUCAAUUCUUCAUCCUGAUGUUUUAGGAAAGCUUGUUUACACUGAUUCUACGACACAAAAUAUGCCGGAAAUUGCACCCCUUCUAACUGCACAGGUAACAAAGUUAAAGAAUGGAGGUCUCAUUCUGGGGAUUGCUUUUAACCACUGUAUGUCUGAUGGUAUCUCUGCGAUAAGAUUCAUUAAUUCUUGGGCUGAAAUUGCAAGAGGCGAGCCCUUAUCGGUCGUCCCUUAUCACGACAGAACUAUUCUAAAGCCAAGGAUGCCUCCUCAAAUCUGCGGUCCUUACGAUGACUUUGUUCAACUAAGUGAUGAAUCAAACAUGACGGCCCUCUACAAGAAGGAGCAACUCGUGUGUAGAUCUUUCCACUUUGACUCUGAGAAGCUGGCAGCAGUUAAAAAAAUGGCAACAGCUUGUGGACAGGGGAAGCGCAGCAUCACCAGCUUCGUAGCACUCGCAGCCCUGGUGUGGCGAACUCGAAGCAUGGCCCUCAAGAUGAAACCGCACCAACAAACAAUGCUCACUUUGCCGGUUGAUUUCAGGUCUAAGCUAAGCCCUCCGGUGCCCGACGGUUAUUUUGGAAAUGCCGUGGUCUUCCCAUGCUGUCUUUGCACCGCGGGAGAGUUGAUUGAUGAGCCGAUCUCUUCCACCGCGGAGAGAAUAAUCGAGGCGAUCGAGCGGGUGAAUGAGGACUAUGCGCGGUCAAGGAUCGACUAUUUGGACAGGUAUGGAUUUAAAGAGUUUUCCCUAGGCACACUACUAGUAAGUUCGUGGACGAAGCUGGCUUUUGGCAGCACGGACUUUGGAUGGGGAGAGCCGAGGCAGUUCGGGACUGGUGGCCUGCAGACUAAGUCCUGCCUGUUUUUGAGGGGAGGGAGAGAUAAUAAGGACGUUGUGGUGGUGUUGGAAUUGCCAUUUUCAGCCAUGAACACCUUCCAAGAGUUGCUCCAAGUUUAAGCUCACUAGCCACAAUAAACCAUCUUCAAGAGAGCUUCUUUAUGGUUCCAGCAUUGCUAUCCGUAGUGAGAGGUGUGCGGAAUUAGUUUAUGUGUUGGUGUGACAAACUACAAGUGGAAUUUCUAAGUAAGUUGAAUGUGUUCAACACUCGAUAAACGUCUUUCAUAUCAUCUAUGAAUCAGUUUUUGUAAUUCAGUCUUAGUGCACCUUAUUACUUGCGCUUAUAAUUGAUUAUAUUGACUGCGAUUA